AUGAAUGCUCUGUCAAUGAAGAUCAGGAUCAAGCUCGAAGACGAAGGAUUUGGCUCUGACAAGAUGACCUCAAGGCAACUGUUAGCUCUGAUUCAAACAACGGUCCUAAGAGUUUCUCAAAGUGAUAUGUUCAACAUCAUAUCGGACUUCACCAGAAGCAAUCGAGAAUCCUUCGCUUCGCUUGACGCAUAUGCGAUGAGCCGUAUACACAACUGGACCAUCAUCAAGGCAAACUACCCUGAUACCCCUGGAAUAUGGUUUAUAGUCAGCGCCCUCUCCGGUCUGAAAGAGUCAAACGAGACAUGGUAUGAGAACUGGACUGCUUGCCUGCGGUGGGGAGGAGAGAUCGAUAAAGACAAGCUAGUCAAGUUCCUGAUAGCUCAGCCAAACGCAGAAGCUCGAUCUCAACGCAACAUGGGGAGCCUCGGUUAG